AUGAGUGCUAUCCAUGAGUCCCCCGAGCCCAAAAAGGAGCAUCUGGAUGAUGAUCUUAUAGACGAUGAUCUCGCGAUCAAGCCCACACAAACUGCCCAAACCGCACAUCAUGAUGUUGUAUUCGGCGAGAUCACUGAAGACGGUCCUAAUUAUCGCAAUGUCGGUUUCCUGGGAACAGUGAUUCUGAUGAUGAAGAGUCAGAUCGGAUUGGGGAUUCUCUCAAUCCCAACGGCCUUCAAUGCACUUGGAAUGGUUCCUGGUGUCAUCGUCUUGGUCGGUAUCGCCGCGAUCACCACCUGGUCUGGCUAUAUAAUUGGUCGCUUCAAGCUCAACCACCGAGAGGUCUAUGGAAUUGAUGAUGCAGCAACCUUGAUGUUUGGCCGCAUUGGCCGGUGGAUUCUGUCCGUGGUGUUCUGUCUAUACUAUAUCUUUGUGAGCGCGUCAGGUAUUCUCGGAAUCUCAAUUGGCUUGAAUUCAGUAUCAACACAUGGCUUGUGCACCGCCAUCUUUGCCGUCAUCGCAGCUAUCCUCGGUUUAGCGACCGCUAGUAUACGGACCCUCGGCCGUGUUACCUGGCUUGCAUGGAUCGGACUGCCUUCUGUGAUCAUUUCCGUGAUGGUCGUUACGAUUGCUGUCAGUCUCCAAGACCGCCCCUCUGCCGCACCCAGGACCGAUGGGCCCUGGACCUCGGAUUUCAAGAUUGUGGGUAAUCCCUCGUUCGUUGAGGGUAUUACCGCAGUGUCGAAUCUGAUCUUUGCCUUCUCGGGCACUCCCGGAUUCUUCUCCAUUGUAUCGGAGAUGCGGAACCCUCGCCAAUUCACUCCAGCCCUACUUAUGUGCCAAGCGACUGUGACUUCCGUCUAUUUGAUUGUGGCUUGUAUUAUAUACUACUACUGCGGCUCGUAUGUAUCUUCACCAGCCCUCGGAUCCGCCGGUGGACUGGUGAAACAAAUUUCAUACGGACUCGCGUUACCCGGCUUGGUUGUUAGCACAACUAUAGUCACCCAUAUCCCGGCAAAGUACAUAUUCGUUCACAUCCUUCGCGGCUCUCGCCAUCUGAACACCAAUACUUUCACACACUGGGCCUGUUGGCUCGGCUGCACCUUCGGCAUUACUGUAAUAGCGUACAUCAUUGCCAGCACUAUCCCCGCAUUCGAUGCCCUGGUCUCUUUGAUUGGAGCCCUACUUGGAACAAUCCUUUGUCUCCAGCCGUAUGGUUGUAUGUGGCUGUACGACCACUGGUCUACGGGGCGAGGGCACUCGAAAUCUUGGCUGCCGAUGGUAUGUCUCAGUAUCUUUAUGGUAGUCUUUGGAUCGUUUGUCACCGUUGCGGGUACAUAUGGAACCGUCGUCGGCAUCAUAGAGACCUCUGGGAACUCGGCCCCCUUCACCUGUGCAGACAACUCAAACUCAACUUGA